CGGCGUUCCAAAAUCGAACGUCCCGCGCCGCUGGUGGUUCGACUGCGGCUGCCUGCAAAAUGCUGAAGCGGAGGCUCUAAGGGCUGCCUGUGCCUGCUGCAGUCGAGAAGCCGAGACCGCGAGCGAAGCCACCUCUGAUUUUAUUCUUUGACUCUUGAAACUUCAUGGAUCAAGGUUAAAAAUCCCUUUGGCUUCUUCAGGACAAUACAUGUAUGGUUUCUGAUCCAACCUUAACUCAGCUCCACAUUAUACUGAAUACAGCGGGAGAUGUGCAGCAGACACCUCUUUUUCUACGAUUGGACUACCAUGUGCUUUUUCAUCUUACUAGCAGCUUUGACAACUGCUGAAGAUGUCACUAAUAGCACUUUAAACCGCACUAACACAUUCUUAGGAUCUGUGCCUGUGGUCAUCUCUAGAGUUGAUCAUAUUACAGUCAAAGAAGGUUACAGUGCCUUGAUUGACUGCAACAUUGAAGGCCAUCCAGGCCCGGAGUACCAGUGGUACAAUUCCAAUGGCCAUUUGCUGAAAGAAGAUGAGAAUAGAGCAGGAAAAUUGAUUCUUGACAAAGGGCAACUAAAUAUUACAAGUGUCUCUUUUGAAGAUCGAGGAAAGUACACCUGUGUUGCUUCUAACAUCUAUGGCCGAGUGAAUAAUACUGUGACUCUGAGGGUCGUCUUUACCUCUGGAGAUAUGGGGAUCUACUACAUGAUUGUAUGCCUUGUAGCUUUUACCAUUGUUUUGAUCUUAAACAUUACGAGGCUGUGCAUGAUGAGCAGCCACCUGAAGAAAACAGAGAAAGCGAUCAAUGAAUUCUUCCGGACAGAAGGGGCAGAGAAACUGCAAAAAGCUUUCGAGAUUGCUAAACGCAUCCCAAUCAUCACAUCAGCAAAAACCCUUGAGCUUGCCAAGGUAACACAGUUCAAGACGAUGGAGUUUGCCCGCUAUAUUGAGGAAUUAGCUAGGAGUGUUCCACUGCCGCCCCUUAUCAUGAACUGCAGGAUUAUAAUGGAAGAAAUUAUGGAGGUGGUGGGGCUCGAGGAGCAGGGCCAGAACUUUGUCGGGCAUUCUGCUGUAGGGCAGGAGACCACGGACCCGGAAGAGAUGUACACGAUCCCCAAUUCUCUGAAGCGCAGUGACUCUCUCACUGCUGACUCAGAUGCAUCUUCUCUGCAUGAACCGCCACUGAAGAUUGCGAUAAAGGUGUCUGUUCACCCGUUAACUAAAAAGGACUGUGUUGAUGAUCAGUCACAAGACAGUAUUCCGUUAGGGUUAGGGUCCGUUAAAGAUGAGAUAGCAGAAGAAGAGAUUGCCCAAACAUCAGCACAUCCUGCUGACCCAGAGCCACAGCCUUCUGCUGAACUACAUCCUACUGAGAUAACUCUAGGAGGUGACAAUGACAUAUGUACUGUUUAUGAAAGCCAUGUAUGAUAUUUUCUCUGCAAACCUAUGCAUAGCAAGAAAAUCAGGUGGAGCUCUCUUUAAUUUAAAACAAAAGGUAAUGUAUUUGCCACUAAGCCUUACCCCAAAGACGUCACAGCAAAAGCAUGUAUGUGAAUCACUUGGAACCAGGAGAUUUGGCAGAAUAAUUGCUAUUACAUUGAUAUUAAGUUGCUCUUUUUGAUUCAGGAACUCACAAAACAUUUACCUCAGAGAAUUGUUUAGGACAGUGUUGCUUGCAGUGGGUCCCUGGAAGUUGUGGGUUGUACUUCGUUACAGAGCUGUGGGCCUGAAGUCUCUGAUUUCAGAUAAGGGCUGCUGGAGUCAGUGGAACUAUUUUUCAGUUUUAUGAUUGAAGGACUGCUAUAUUACAUAAACUGAGGAAUAUAAGCUGUUUUUCAUUUGGCUCUCUCAUUUGCUGCCUCCCUUGUAGUGUGCUUUUUGCAGCUCCGCUUUCAUGAUUUUGAAAUAUUGCUCAAGAGGGAGCAUUUCCAUAGCCAAAUUAAGAUCUUCAUGGGAUGCCAUUUACCAACUGUCUGUGCUAGCAACUGUAGUCGAGGGCUAAGGAAAACUGAAUGCAUUCAUUUCAUUUUAAGCCAGAGAGCUUGUAUUUAGAGCAUCUUUCUUUUUCUCCUUCAAAGAAUGAACCCAGCAAACACUCCUUCACAGAGAGGAGGAUACACUCACAGGCCAUUUGUUUGUAUUGGAAAAGGAGGACUGGACUCGAACCACAAAGUCACAGUACAAAUGGUAGCUGCAAUCCUCUUUUUGCUCCUCUUGCUUCAGUCACCACAUGCAAAAGAGGGCAGGGUUCCUUCUGUAGAAGAAGGAAUUUCGACAGAUGAAGCCUUUCUAAUUGCAUCAUGACACAUUGCACCUGCAAACACCACCUCUUCUGUACAAUGAUUAAAGGAGCAGGAAUCUUGUCCUCUUCAUUGGAUUGCCUUAACCUAUGCACUUAUGAUUAAUUUAAAUGAGAUUUGAAUGCAGACAUUUGUAUAGUUUGUUUUUAUUGGAGAAGCAGCAAAUAUGAUCUAUAAUUGGGGGGGGGGGGGUGAUUGUAUGUCUUCUCAUGGAAAGAAGCCAUUAGACCUCUGUGAUGGGUGUAAAUCUGCACUGGCAUUUAUUAUAUGCAGUCAGUCGUGGGAGAAGUGCUGCUUGGUCUAGUGGAAAUGAAAUAACUUCACUGCAUGAUGUGAACACACAGUUCCAGCCAUUCAGAAAAUGAUGAUCUGGUUUGUAUAUUCUUAAUUAUAAUAUAUAUCUAGGCACAGAGGCUCCAACCACUAUAACAUAGACAGCUAUCUUUGCAUAGCUCUAGCAGAUUCUGCUUCCCAGACAACCUUAGGAAGUGGAUGGUUUUCCUACAACAUCAACCCUCAAAUAGCCAGGCAGUUACGCAUACACUUUGACAAAGCCUAUUUAUUUUUAUUUUUUUCAAGAGAGUAAUGCUUUAGAUGCUCACUUAAAGGACAGAAAUGUCAUGUUCCCACUCUCCCUCCUUUUCAGCUAGCCCUCCAGGGAACAUGCUUGUCUCAACUAGCCUUUGAUGCCUGUUUUUGCUGCAAUUAAGACUAGUUAUGUUUUAGCUAGGGAUCCUUGGUAGAUCUUUAAGUAUUCCUAAGAUGUACACCCAUUGCUUGGAAAAAAAUACUUAAAUAGCAAAAUAACUUCACUAGCUACUAUAAAGUGUGACACACAAAAUCAAACAGCUAUUUUUUUAAAAAGAGCUUCGGAACUUCUAAAGUUGUCACAAGAAGCACAUAGAGUUUUAGCAUUUAGAGAUCCAUAUGAUUGCUUCCACUAUUCAGGAACACAUAGAUCUAAGCAGAAUCCAUUCACUUGCCAUAAGCUGAAAGAGGCCCAUUAAAAAUUAAACCAGGAAGCUGAUCACCCGAGCAACUAAACCCAGCCUAGGUUUGGCUGCCCAUGUGAAGUGCCGUGAUCGACGACAGUCCUGACACUGCCUGCUCCGUAAGCCUGGAAAUUGACCCAAGGCUUUAACUUGGGCUAAAGGCUGCAAGGUCACCCUUUACCCCAAGUGGGAAGACAUGUGUGUGCUCAGGCUGCAUGCAGCCCAAGCAUACACAGAGUUGGGCACCUAGAGUGCCCAACUCAGGGGGGAUCUCCUAAUGCACUGCACUCACUGUGUGGUGCACUAUGGGAUAUCCAGAGGCCAGGCAUCCUUCCCCUGGUCUCCCUGCUGCUGCACUCAUCUGUGAGCGCAGUGCAGCGAGCAGGGCUUCAGUCAGAUCCUACAAGGGAAGGCUGGAGCAAUCCUGCCUCCCCCCCCCUCCGCCCCUCCCUGGUUCUGAGAAAAGAGGUUGUGUGCAUGACCUCUAGGAAUGUUAAAUAUGUUUUUGUAAAACAGAAACAAAUCUGAAACACACUGUGCAUGAGAAAAGACUUGGCUGAGUUAGAAAGAUGUUAGAUUCAGUUUACUUUAUUUACGGUCAAUGACCAAAAAAGAGAUAUACAGUAGUAAAUGCCAUAAAAUAGCAUAAAAUCCUUAAAAUAAACGUAUACAUAUACCUAAAAAUGGCAGUUUUAAAAUACACUCAUAACUUUGAGACUCUUAUUUUAAAAACCACAUAACAGUACUUAGCAACUAUUCUGGAAAUUACUAAUUAAAGAUGUUAGAAAGAUGCUAACCUGUCAAUAGGUUAACUUGGCAAAAGCAUUACUCAAGCUUAAUUGGCUUUUCAUAAUCAAAGGAGAAGUUUGCAUGAAGGAAGGGAUGACAGUGUUCACGGAUUAUUCUUAACUGCUAAAGAAACAUCUUCAUUGUUGUAACUGAGUGAUAUAAAUUAAAUCCCAAAUAGCUUAUGAGUACAAAUUGCAUGCUGUUGUAAAUUUCAUAAGGAUAUUUAGAGAAAAACAUGCUUCCUGUAUGUAGCAUAAAGGAUGGCUGCCUUCUCUAGUUUGUAAACUCCUCAAGGAUUGCCAGCACCUUAAUCACAAUCCCUGCCCUGCAUUUUGGUCCUAAUACUACCUGUGGACCUAGACUAGAACCCUAUCCACAUGUUAUGGUCAACACAUGUACAAUCUGUACAGUGUAUGUACAUACAGUUAUUCACACAUUAUGUUCCGUGCACAUACAGUAGUACACUUCAUUUCUGCACCCUGCAUUUGAGCGAGCCUGUACCCAGGAUCUCUUUUAAGAUGAAUACAUGUACAGUCAUUCACACAAACACAAGUACAUGCACAUAGACAACAGUACACACAUACUACAUAGUUUCUGAAUAGAACUAAGGGAUGCUUCAAAACAAAUCUUAUGGUUUCCUAUUGGCAAUGUAGUUGCUGUUGGAUAUGCAAACCUGCUGGUCUUACCUAUGGUGUUUUGAUCAAUCUUAACCACACCAGCAGGUAGGAUUGCCAGGUCCAGAUGGUGAGAAAAGUCGAAAUCCAUUGCCAACAAAGUGGGGAAAAUCUUCACCUUGCAUGAAAUCUGCAUAUGUUGGUAUUAUACAGUCAUCUCUCGCUAACCGCGAAGGUUCCAUUCUGAGAAAACCCAGGAAAUACUGUUUAAAAUAGACAAAAAUCACCCCCUAAGCCCCGGAAAUUGCAAAAGUGACCGGGUGACUAGGUGAGCUGUAUGUCUGCUCAGUCUGCUGUCUAGGUCAGAGUUCUCAAGGCCCCUGCUUCUUAACUGUAAAUUCCUCACCUGGUUAGGAUUACCACACCCCCAGCCCUCAGUCCUCCGCCCCAGGUUGCCCAGCCUGCUCUCCCCUACCAGCAAAUUCAUCUCUUGGCUCCAGGCAGGGCAGCCAGCUAGCUACCAAGCCAACCUCUUCGCCUGCUGGCACAGCAGUGCGUGCAUGGUCGCCCAUUCACUUGCUGUUCUCUAUGACUACAAACCUUUCAACAGAAGGUUUCACAAAAAUAAAUAAUAAGAUGUUCCCCUGUCCCCAAAGGGCUCACAUUCUAAAAAGAAAUGCAAGGUAACACCGGCAUCAGCCACUGAAGGAAUGCUGUGGUGGAAGAGGAGAGGGCCAGGAUAGCAGGCAUAACUGCUAACUGAGUAAAGUUAGUGAACUGCUUAACUUCUCACUGCCACCACAUGAAGGAAGCAAGUGUACCGGCCGGGCCCACCUGCCCGUGCUCCUGCAUCACGUGGCUCUGCAAUCUGCCACUGAAGCAGAACUUCCAGAAUGGUUUCCCCACUGGAUGGGUGGUCAGUAGGAAGGGGAAGGAGAUAGAGGAAGAGAAGCUGCUUUUUAGAGCAAUGUGUUCUGAGUGAACAAAAUGUUCCAUCAGCUCUCCAGAACUUCGGACACCACAACACACGCCCCCCCCAAAAAAGUGGUUUGGUCCCCAAAAUGAUCUCUGUUCCUCCUGGCUUAUACUGUCAGGCAGUGGGGUUGUUGUAGAAAGCCUGGUAGACAUUUUAAGUGCUUCUCUGAGGGAGGGCAGGAUGCCUCCUUGACUUAAGGAAGCAGUUAUUCGACCUCUUCUGAAGAAGCCUGCAUUGGAUCCCUUAGAUUUAAGCAAUGGUAGGCCUGUCUCCAACCUUUUGUGGUUGAGCAAGGCAAUUGAGAGGGUGGUGGCCUUCUAGCUCCAGACAGUCUUGGAGGAAACUGAUUAUCUAGACCCAUUCCAAACUGGCUUUCGGGUGGGCUAUGUGGUGGGGACUGCCUUGGUCAGCCUGAUAGAAGAUCUCCGAUUAGGAAUUGGCAGAGGGAGUGUGACUCUGUUGGUCCUUUUGGAUCUCUCAGUGGUUUUCGAUACUAUUGACCAUAUUAGCCUUCUGGAGUGUCUGAGGAGUUUGGGAGGGAGGCACUGCUUUGCAGUGGUCCCGUUCCUACCUCACGAGCAGAUUCCAGAUGGUGUCUCUUGGAGACUUCAAAAUCUGAACUUCCAUAUGGUAUCCCCCAGAGCUCCAUAUUGUCUCCAGUGUUGUUUAACAUCUCUAUGAAACUGCUAGGACAGAUCAUCAAGAGAUUUGUUGCAGUAUGCUGAGAACACCCAAACCUCUUUAUCCAUGUCAACAUCAUCAGGAGAAGGCAUAACCUCCCUAAAUGCCUGCCUGGAGGCAGUGGUGAGACGGAUUAGGGAUAACAAACUCAGACAGAAUCCAUAUAAGACAGAGCUACUUAAUGUGCGGGGUCAGAACUCGGGAGUCGGGUUUGAUCUCCCUGUUCUGGAUGGGAUCACACUUCUCCAGAAGGAACAGAUAUGCAGUCUGGGGGUGCUUCUGGAUCCAAACCUCUCCCUGGUGCCCCAGGUUGAGGCGGUGACCAGAGAUGCUUGCUAUUAGCUUCAGCUGAUACGCAAGCUGUGUCUGUUUCUUGGGAUAAACAUCUUCAGAACAGUGUAUAUCUGCUCAUAAUCUCCAGACUUGAUUACUGCAAUACACUGUAUGUAGGGCUGCCUCUGUAUGUAGUCCAGAAACUGCAGUUGGUACAGAAUGUGGCAACCAGGAUGGUCUCUGGUCAUCUCAGAGAGACCUGUAAUGAAAGAGCUACACUGGCUGCUGAAAGGUUCCUAGGCAAAAUAAAAAGUGCUAGUUAUAAACAGCUUAGGCUCUGGUAUUUAAGAGAACAUCUUCUUUGCCAUGAACCCACUGCCCAUUAAGAUCAUCAGGAGAGGUUCAUUUGCAGUUCUCACCAGCUCGUCUGAUGGCUACUCAGGAACGGGCCUUCUCCAUUGCUGCCCCAAAGCUUUGAAAUGUGCUCCCUGCUGAAAUAAGAGCCUCCUCAUCUCUAACAACUUUUUAAAAUGCAGUUAAGACGUUUGUUCACCCAAUCUGAUUUACAGUUUUGAUGUGUUUAAUGUUUUAAAGUUUAAAUUAUUGUAAUGUUUUAACCUUUAAAUUUUUUGUUUUAAUUUGUUUUAAUUAGCAUUGUUUUAUUGUAAACCACCCAGAGAUGUCUGUUUUGAGCGGUAUACAAACGUGCUAAAUAAAUAAAUAAUGCAAAAGGGAAAA